AUGGAAAUGCCAUAUUGGAUGGCUUAUCCUUAUGCGAUUAAUGAAUAUGUUGGUCUGGAAAUGCCUGAAAGAUAUAAUAAACGAGUGAGGAAUGCAUUAAGAGCCGGGCCCAUGAGCGUAAAUCUGAGAGAACUUUGUCCUUAUUUUUAUCUGUUUGGAUUUAAGAUGAUGGCAGAUCUUGACUUAUCCACUUCUAUAAAUGAAGAGAUAUACCAAAGGCUUGUAGAUAGUUAUAAAGACCGAACUCGAGAAAUUAUCAAUCAUGCAUUUUCCACCGACAGCAAAGAGGAAUCUGAAAUAGAAAAUAAGUUUGAUGAAACGGAGAAACAAUUGUACAAGUCAUUAAGAGAACAAGCUUUGAGAUGGAAGAAGAGUGUAGAAAAUGAUUCUUCAAUUGAACCACAAUUAAACGAGGAAGCAGAUUGGGAAAAUAUGGAUAUUGAAGAUGGGGAAUCAGAAGACAAUACAGAAGUUUCGCGUUUUGACAUUAAAGCGUUGUUUAUGCUAAUAAUGAAACUGGUGCAAAGAACACUUGCACUUGCUCAAGAAUUUCACAUAACGCUUGCAAGGUCUACUCGCACCAGAAGGUACCAAAGAUACCAACCGUACUCGACCUGUUCCUUACAAAAAUUCUCGGAAAAGAAUAUCUACACUACUAUAACUAUUACCAAUAAUUCUUUUAUUAGUCCAGCAAAGAAAUUUCUGACUGAUAAAAAAUCUAUAGCAUGGAAUUUUAUAAUCUCUCGACAUCUGAAUAUUGAUGCUCACCAACAGAAUGGACCAUCAUUGCCGUUGUCAGAGAGCACAAAAGUUGAAACCGUUUCAGGCAUAAAGGAAUUUCGCAGAAUAUUGAGCCAAUGUAGUCGACUAGCUACAAAGGGAUUUUAUCUGAAUCCUAAUUUACUGACGCAUAUGUGGAAUUUAUACGUAGCGCUCGAGUUUAGUGAAAAAUCACUAAUAGAGUUAAAUGAGUUUGAUGAAAUUCUUCGCGUCUUGAAUCAUAAUGGACAUAAAUAUCAACCCAAAUGGGGACAUUUGAUCAUUGUGCUUGAAGAUAUGAAGAAUUUAAAAUUGGAAUACAAGCUGGAUCAUUACCAUAUGUUGAUUAUAGCGCUUGGCAAACAGAAAGAUUUAACGAACGCAGUAAAGGCUUUUUUGGAUCUUCAAGCGCGUGGAAUGAUUCCUAAUGGGGCGACAUUUAAUCACUUGAUCGAUGCCUACCUUACAAAUCAUGAUUAUACGGGAGCGAUAGAAGUUUACAAACGACUUAAAUACUCUAAUUUUCCAAAAGACAUUCCCACAAGUUUUUUCAACAAAAUCAUUAAAUUACAAUGUUCCCGAGGCUAUUGGAAAAACGCGCUGGAUAUUUAUAAAGACAUGCACACAUUUAACAUACCGCCUACCAUCCGAACUCUGAAUAUCAUUUUACACGCUACUUGUGAGCAUAAAGGUUACGAAACAGGUCUACAAGUACUGCAUGAAAAAUUUCCCCAAUCCAUAAGAAAAGACAUCACAGCCUAUAAUAUUCUUCUUUCUGCCGCGGUACGUGAUGAUAAUUUUGAUGGCAUAAUGGGAAUUUGGCAAGAAAUGCGUGCUGCCGAAAUAAAACCCAAUACUGUAACAUUUACUAUUAUGAUGCAAUGUCACAUCAAACACGAGAGGUUGGAAGAGGCGUAUAUUGUGUACAGAGAAAUAGUUUCGUGUAAAUUACGACCAGAUUUUGACACAUUCCGGACAUUGAUUGAAGCUAGUUUGUUUGAUGAGUACUCCUUUGGGAAAAUUGGCUAUUUAAUUAAAGAGAUGAGACAUUAUGGAUUGGACAUCGAUCCUUCGUUGUGUUAUUCUAUUACUUUGAAUGUUAUUGAAAAGAAUGGGCCGGCUGCUGCAGAGUUUAUUUUGGAGAAAUUAUUGGCGACCGGAUUACGGAUGGACUAUAGAUCUCCAUUCGCGAUUAUAAAAGGAUAUGUACGGCGUCAAGAAAUGACUAAUGCUAGUUUACUCUUUAGAAGUAUGCAAGCAUACGGAAUUAAACCGGAUCAAGAUCUUUAUGAGAUGAUAAUUCGUGGAUUUUUGAAUCGAGGUGAUGAACAACUUGCUCGAAGUUUUUAUUUCGAGCUUGCUAAAAAUACAAACAAUAACAUUCCUGAGGCUCUCUGGCCAAAGGAAAACUCGGACAUAUCAAUAGUCAAUGAAUUUCUAGAACUAUGCUCGAAAAAGAAACUGAGAUUCGGACUGGAUCUGUAUGAGCAUAUGAAAACGUUAGGAUUUAAAGGUGACUCGGUGACACACAUCAUAUUAAUCAGUUCAUUCCUCGGUGGAAAUUUUGACGAAAAAAAUCUUGAGAAAUUAAUUUCGAUUUACGACUAUGCAUCCGCCGCAAAUAUACAAUUUCCAUUAGAUAUUUAUAAUAAUUUAUUGAAUAUUUUUGUUAAAAAGAACAAUCAUAUGUAUAUGAAAAAAGUAUUAGAGGAUAUGCAACGUGCAAAUCAUGAGCCUGAUACUUUUACUUUGAGCAUAUUAUUAAAAGGAUCUGUCGCUUUUUCAGACGUUAAUCUAUUCAAGUCCUUGUACCAAAAGACGGAAUCGAUUUCCAAGCUCAAUUCAAAUCUGGUAAUUUGUAAUGGAUUUAUCUUUGGAUUCUGUAAAUUUGGUGAAAUGGAAUUAGCGGCACAAGUAUUCAACCGUUUACUAGCUAUGAAAAUUGAGCCGGAUCGGAUAACCUACAAUACUCUAAUACGAGGUUACAUAAAAGAAAACAACGUUGACGAGGCGUGUCGCUACUUCUAUAAAAUGAUCGACUCUGGCAUACGACCACCGAUGACCGCCUUCCAUUCGCUAAUCUAUGGCUACCUCGACUCGUCUCAACCUCAAGAAGCGAUACAAAUAUUUGAUCAAUUUGUCGAAAACUACGAACAAGUAGAAUUCGAUUUACCCGCCUAUCAAACAAUUUAUCAAGGCGUCAUUGAAGCGAGUCUUAAAACGUCAACCCCAAAUCUCGCACAAAAACUGCUGACAAAAUUGUCAAAACAACAAAAUCCAUUGAACUGUUUUUCAUACAUCAUUUUGAAAUGCAUACGACGGGAUAGUUUAGAAUGUGCUUAUUAUAUUUUUCAAUUUAUGUUGUCACGACGAAUUGAUGUGAGUCUUUUCGUGGGACAGUCGCUUUUGGAAGCAUUUGGGAAAAAAACAGAUUUUCCAAUAGUUUGGCAGAUAUAUUGCUACUUACGGCAUCGUUACUUUAAGAGGAGUCGAUGUCGAUUGAAUUUACAAGUAUAUAAUAUCGUAAUUAAAUGUUCAUCAGUCACGCGACAUCAGCAAUUUGCUGAACAGGUAUUCUCGAAUUUAUUACAAGCCAGGCUCAAACCUACCAUUGAAACUUUGAAUGCCUUAAUAUCCGGCCUCGUGAAACGACGAAAAAAUGAAGAGGUGCAAAAUAUCAUAAAGAGAAUGCUUGACCAUUAUAAUAUACCCCCGAAUGUCGAUACAUUCAACAUGAUAAUAAAGUCAACAGUACGCCGCGGCCGGAUGGAAGAGGCUUAUUCAAAAUUAGACAAGAUGAAACAGCUUAAUAUUAAACCUGAUAUACGAACGUUUCAUAUACUCUUAAGUGGAUUCAUAUGGAAACGUACAUGGAAUAAAGCUGCAUAUGCAUACGAACAAUUAUUAAAUGAGUAUUCAUUUGAUCCAGAUAUGCGAACAGUAAGCAUUUUAUGCGGAAGAUUGAUUACUCAGCGAUACACAUCAUUACCCAAAUUACGCGAACUAUACGAUUGGUUUCAUGAACGUGGGAAGGGUGUGUCAAUUAAGGACGAUAAAUUUAUUCCUUGGAGAGAAAAAAAUUCGUACAAUUCGAAUAUCUUGUUAUCUAAAGAGACUAUACUACAACAAUACCAGAAACCAUCAUCCUAUGAUCCAAUUGAUCAGGAAAUAUCAUCAUCAUCUUAUGAUCCAAUUGAUCAGGAAAUAUUUAGAUUACUUUAUCGAAUAACGCGAAAUUUUCGUGUCAAAAAAGUAUUCUCAUCAAAACUUCGUGAUAUACGCGAUAAAGAAUUGACAUCGUCAUCAUCCACGAGUAAUAAUAGGGAUAUUAGUAAUGGAUCAUCAUUCAAUGAGAUUGUAGAUCUAUUUAUCAGAAAAAGCGGUAAAAAAGAUCUAACUGAAAAAAUUCAAUUGACACGAACAACUUACUUGAUGUUUCUAAAAGCAUUCUGGAAGCACGGAGAUAUGCAAGCAGUAAAACAAGUUUAUGCGGAUAUGAAGAUGCGAAUUUAA